AUGGGCGACGAGUUAGCUAGGCCUGGGAUGGAGGGAGGUAGAGAUGAGGGGGCAGAGAUUGGGGACGGGCAAGGGAUGAGAGAUGAGGAGUACAAGAUGGACAACAAGAAAAGGAUGUUGAUUCAUACAUCAGUGGCAUAUAUGCUUGUGUCAAUGUUCACUUUGGUUGUGAAUUCUAGGAAAAGAAAACAGAGAGAAAGCAUUACUUAUGGUCCAAUAGAUGAAACGGAUAGGAUGAGGAGAGAGUAUCUAGAAAACAAAGUAUGGAAGAAUGACACUACUUGUUUAAACAUGCUUAGAAUGAGAAAAGCUCCAUUUUUCCGAUUUUGCCAACUAUUUAGGGACCGCAACUUGUUAAAGGACACAAUACAUACAUCUAUUGAGCUACAAGUAGCAAUGUUCCUGCACACAGUUGGGCACAACGUCAGGAAUAGAGUAAUUAGCUUGAACUAUGGUAGAUCCGGUGAAGUUGUUAGCCGUUAUUUUAAAAGAGUCCUCCAUGCCAUCGGUGAGCUACGAGAUGAGCUUAUUAGGAAGCCAUCAUUGGAGACCCCUGCGAAAAUAGAAGGGAACUAUCGGUGGGAUCCAUACUUUAAGGAUUGUAUUGGAGCUAUUGAUGGUACACAUGUGCGAGCCUCCGUUACAAAGGAUUUGGAGGCCUCCUUUCGUGGUAGAAAGACUAAUACUACUCAAAAUGUGAUGGCAGCCGUUGAUUUUGAUCUUCGGUUCACAUAUGUAUUGGCUGGUUGGGAGGGGACGGCACAUGAUGCACUUGUAUUAUGUGAUGCUUUAGAACGCGAGAAUGGUUUACGUGUCCCACAAGGUAAUAGGUUAUGUAAGUAGAACAAUUUUUUAUGUUAAUAUUGAUAUACAUCCAAAUAACCCAAAUGUUUCCCACUUUAGGAAAAUAUUAUCUAGUUGAUGGCGGAUAUGGAGCUAAACCCGGGUUCUUGCCUCCUUUUCGACGUGUGAGAUACCAUUUGAAUGAGUGGGGAAGCAAUCCCGUGCAAGAUGAGAAGGAGCUGUUCAACCUUAGGCAUUCUUCUCUACGUGUGGGUGUAG